UCUUUGAUGUACCAAUCUCUUGUGCGAGCCAGUGUUUGAUAACACAAUACGAUGUCGUUUUCCGUGCCUGUACCCUCAGCUGGACCAAGCGCUCCGCCUCUGUCGAACCCUGUGGUUGUGGUCAGCUCACAAUUCCUAGCACCGUACCCUGUGGAUCUAGUCAUUAGCGAGAAGCUCAUGACCCUUAAGGAGGGUUCCUUCGCUGUCUCCGAUGUUAAUGGCGACAUCAUGUUCAGCGUUAAGGGAUCCGUUUUCAGCCUCCAUGAUAAACGCAUAUUAGUUGACAGCGCCGGUACUCCUAUUGUCACAUUUCGACAAAAGAUAUUGACGACUCAUAGGAGAUGGCAAGUAUACAAAGGAGAUAGCAAAGAUCUACUUUUCAGUGCCAAAAAGUCGGGGGUUGUUCAAUUGAAGACUGAAUUAGAUGUGUUCUUGGCUUCUAACACAAAAGAAGACACCCAUGAUUUCAAGGUCAAAGGAAGUUUUAAGGAAAGAUCAUGCACCGUAUACACCAGAGAGAACACUAUCAUUGCACAAAUGCAUAAGCAACUCGGCCUUAAAAGCAAAGUUUUGGGGCAAGAUUCGUUUUCAGUGACGGUGUACCCUCAGGUGGAUUUCGGAUUUAUAGUUGCUGUGGUGGUGGUUCUUCAUGAGAUUAAUCAAGAUCGAAAAGGGGAAGACUAGUGAAGCUGGUAAUAGAUUUUGUGUUUAUUUUGUUACUUAAAAUUGAAUUCAUAAUAACCUCCUCCAAGUAUAUAAGUGGGAGAGACUCCACCAUUAUGUUAUUUAUAUUUUUAGUCUUUUGUUUGUAUAAGUUGUUUGAUACGUACUGAUAUGACAACAUCAAUAUGUCCUGAUUCUAUACAUAGCUUAGA